AUGAGUAGUGUCGACAGCCGUAGCACUGAAUUGCUCUUCUUUAAUUUUAAUCAAGAAGCCUCAUGCAUCAGCGUGGGCACGCGUCAAAGUUUUGCUAUCUACAACUGUGAACCAUUUGGUAAAUGUUUUCAAGAAGAUAUUGGAGGCAUUGGUAUCGCUGAGAUGCUAUACUGUACAAGUUUAGUGGCCUUAGUGGGUGCAGGGGAGCAGCCUGCAUUCUCCCCGCGUCGGCUGCGUGUGUGGAAUACCAAAACAAGGGCUGCCAUUUGUGAUCUUAAUUUUAUCACAGCCGUAUUGGCCGUACGCAUGAAUCGACAAAGAUUGGUGACGGUGUUGGAGCGCAAGAUUUACAUAUUUGACAUAAGCACCAUGAAAGUAUUAGAGACUCUUGAUACAUCACCGAAUCCAAAAGCACUUUGUGUGCUCUCUCCACACGAUAAUGGUCAUCUUGCCUUUCCUUCGGGUGCUUCACCUGGGGAAAUUGUACUAUAUGAUGCCAAUAACUUGAGUGUGUUAAAUGCUUUUCAAGCUCAUCGUACAGCGCCGGUGGCCAUGUCAUUCAAUUCUUCGGGCACAUUACUCGCAACUGCCUCUGAAUCGGGUACAUUGAUUCGUGUAUUUGAUAUUCCAAGCGGUAAAAAGAUCGCUGCAUUUCGACGUGGUUCUUAUGGUGCCCAGAUUUACUGCUUAGCCUUUAACGAGAACUCCACUAUCUUGUGUGCAUCAAGUGAAACUGGUACCAUUCAUUUCUUCUCGCUAACUGGAGCUGAGAGCUCUGCAACAGGAAGUUUUGGUCAUUUCACACCCAUUACAUCAACCCUUGCAGUUGCUGGAAACACUUUUGGCUCUACUGUUUUUGGAAGUGGCACCACACCACCAAGUCCAUUUGCCUUCACAACGCUGGGGUCGGCACCUGAUAAAGUCACUGCAUCGAAUAUUCCUAGCUCAGUGAAAAGCUCCGCGGGCAACAACUUGGAUGAUGUAGCUGGUGCUGUGAGCGCCUAUUUACCAAGUUCUUUGUCAGGUAUUGCUGAAGGAACUCGUGACUUUGCUUAUGCUCGGCUUCGCUCAACUGGAGUGCCAAACAAAUGUGCCAUUCAUGGCCCACGAGAUGCCACCAAGCCAAUUGUGCAGCUUUAUGUGGCAACCACAGACGGUUUUUUCUAUGAAUAUUCGCUUGACCUUGCAGUAGGAGGAAAGUGCAAGCUACAACGGGAAAAUGUACUUCGUGACAGCACAUCGGAAGAAAUUGAAGCGAUUUACAUUUCAUAA